CUCCUGCCUUUCUAUUUUCCUACAUCAUUUCAGCACUUCGUGCUUCAUGUCUCAUUCCUUGGUCACUUUGCCUCUUGGAUUUGAUGUUGGAUUGGAUUAUCUACCACAGUUUUUUUUUCCCAACAAAUCUUCAUUUAACUUCAUUUUUGGCUUCCCAGGAUUGUCUGUGGCAGUUAAAUUCAGUGGACUAUGGACAGUGGACUAUAGUUUAUGUUUUCUGGUUGUCUGCGUUGGGCUUUCCUGUUUGUUACAAAGAUUAAUAAUGGAUCCUGAAUUGGAAGAGGAACAAAUCAAAUUAGAAAGAGGAACAAAAUGUUGCAAAUCGCGGAUUAUUUUUUACAUGCUGUGCAUCAUCAAUUUCAUUGCACCGGUUGAUGGAUUUUCCCUGAAGACUUGCAGAAUCAGCUACAGUACAGCCAUAUGUGUCGGAAGUAAACUCAGAGCUGUUCCUGGAGAUAUUCCCUCAACUGUGACAGGCCUCGAUUUAACUUCUAACAGAAUUUCAACAAUACAUGCAUCAGACUUCAAAGAUCUACUAAAUUUGACUAAGUUAGACCUUAAUAUCAACAACAUUUCACAGAUAGAAAGCGGUGCGUUUGCCAGUCUAAGUUCUCUUGAGACAUUAAAUCUAAAUAAUAACAAACUUGUUACACUGGGAGAAAAUGUUUUUGAUGGCUUGAGUUGCCUCAUUGAGCUAAGAAUUAAUCAAAAUCGCAUUAAACAAGUGGCAUCCACAUCUUUUAAGUCCAUGACAAGUUUAAAACUUCUGGACAUUUCUCAUAACAAACUGCACCACAUUACAAAAGUUCAAUUGAUAUUGCAACAUCUGCCACAUCUACAGGAGCUGGUAAUAAGCAACAAUGAUUUAACCACUUUUCAAUCAUUUGAAUUGACAAACAAAUCAUUAGAAAUUCAGUACCUUGAUUUGUCGAAAAAUCCCCUCGCAGUCUUCAGGAUCACUGCCGAUGUUUUUCCAAAUCUCACCUGGUUUAAAAUUGGGAGCCAAGCCAGAAAGAAACAAAUGAUAUGGGACGUGCAAAACAAGACAUUUCUUAGUCGUGUUACUACCCUUGACAUUAGUGAGCUUCAUUUGGGUCUUGGGGACAUGGAAAGGUUGUUAGAGUCAGUGAACUCAUCAUUAACUAUUCUGAAAAUGAAUGCAAUGACACAUAACCUGACCACACUGAUCAACAUUUCCUGCACCAUCCCAACAAUGAGGACUCUGCAGCUUCGAAGCAAUAAGCUCAGCUUUGUUAAUGCAUACUUGUUUAAGUUGUGUACUAAUGUAACUGAGUUAGUUUUGACAGACAACAAAAUAAAAUACAUCCAUGAUGAUGCUUUCAGAUCCCUUAAAAACUUAAGGAUUUUAACGCUGAGUAAAAACAGGCUUCCACUAGUUCCAGCUGCAACAAGGAAUCUACCAACUCUUUCAGAGCUGGAUCUCAGCACCAAUAACAUCAGCACACUGGACUGCCAUGAUUUCACCAAUCAGACAAAGCUCAGAAAGCUUUAUCUUUAUCAGAAUUCAAUCACAGCUCUGAAACCAUGUCUUUUCAAGGAUUUAAAAGGAUUACAAACUCUAAAAUUACAGACAAACCAAAUAACUAAAUUGAACGGUGCUUUCAAAGAACAAUACACUACACUUAAUCUAGACAAAUCCCUACCAGCUCUGACUUAUCUGGACCUUCAGGGCAAUGGAUUCACCUGCAACUGUGAUAACAGCUGGUUUCUCUCGUGGGCAAUAAAUGACAGCAAAACUCAAGUUUAUGAUGCAUAUAACUUUACGUGCAACUACCCACAAGAAUUCAAAAGUAAGAAGCUUUUGGACUUGGAUACCAGCUCCUGCUUAGACAACACUGACUUUAUUUGCUUUGUUCUCUGCACGUGUACAAUCCUAUGCUUGAUGGUGGUGUCCUUCACUUACCAUUUCAUGGGGUUGCAGCUGGUCUAUGCCUAUUACCUGUUCAUAGCUUGGCUCUUUGACAAAAAGCACAAAAACAAGAAAACUCCUCAUCAGUACGACGCCUUUAUCUCCUAUAACACCCACGAUGAGCCUUGGGUCAUUGACAAGCUCUUGCCAAAACUGGAAGGAGAACAGGGCUGGAGACUGUGCCUACACCAUCGAGACUUUGAACCAGGGAGACCCAUCAUAGAUAACAUUACAGAUGCUAUUUAUGGAAGCAGGAAGACCAUUUGUGUGAUCAGUCGCAAAUACCUCGAGAGUGAAUGGUGCUCCAGAGAGAUCCAGGCAGCCAGGUAA